UCAUUAUUUCGUUCAGCUGGCUGGCAUCGUUGGCGAGAUCUCCGAUUGCUGGGCCCAAAUGUUUUUCAAAAUUUUCACUUGCUGAUAUUUUUAGAAAAUUCUGAAAGCGGAAAGACUGAGCUGAGUGUGUGCCGUCUGGGAAUGGACUCCUGAACAGAUAGAUGUUCGCCGACCCAGCAGAAGGAAUAUCCAAUUAAAAAGGUGAACAAUUUGCGUAAGAUUCGAUUGAGUGCCCCAGCGGAAUGUGUUCCACCUCGGUGCUGUGUCCGCUGUGUGCGGUGCCCAGUUUCGGCAGUAUUGACGCACUGCAGCAGCGCCUGAUCAAGGCGGCCAAUGGGCCACUGGCCUGUCCCUUCGCCAACUGCAAGGAGCUCUUCUUGGGGCUCGACAAGCUCACCAUUCACCUGUUUUCGCACACCAGUCUGAUGAGCCAGAGCCCCCCAACUACGACGCCGCCGGUCAUCAUUCAGCCCGUUCCUCCCCUGGUGGCCGUUUCUGCCCCCAAAAGAAGGGUUAAACGAGCCAAGUCCGUGGUGCCGUCGCCACCACCUGUGCCCCAAACUCCUCCCGCCAGUUGUGACAUCUGCGAGUUCAGUUUCCGGAACAGCGAACUAAGGGACAUGCACAUCCGGUUGGUGCACGAAAACGCCGAAGGAGAGCAGCAAGCAAAGCAGCCAGAACAGGAGGAGCCGGAUCAGGAGCCAUACAAGUGCCAUCUCUGCUCGAAGACGUUUCGCAUGAAGGGCUCCCUGCGAAUCCACCUGAAAGUAGUGCACAUGAUGGGUGUUCCGUGCUCCAACCCUAGUCCCGUCACCACCACCAUUGCGGUCAGUCCCUCGCCCAAGCUCAGCAUCUGCGAUCGCAUCCGGCACAAGGAAGCGGGAGCCAUGGGCAGUGGCCAGAACUCCUCGUCCACCAGCUCCCAGCCGUAUGCCUUGAGCGGGGCGAUCAGCAUGCUCCAGCAGUCGCCCAAUUCACCGGAUUCAGGCGGUGCCACGCCCAAGCUGUGGGAGUGCGACGUGUGCACCAAGUCCUUCACCACCAAGUACUUCCUGAAGAAGCACAAGCGGCUGCACACCGGCGAGAUGCCGUACACCUGCGAGAUCUGCGCCAGGACCUUCACCUUCCAGCAGUCGUACCACAAGCAUUUGCUCUACCACAGCGAGGUGAAGCCCCAUGUCUGCGUCGUCUGUGGCCGGGCCUUCAAGGAGCUAUCCACGCUGCAUAACCACCAGAGGAUCCACAGCGGGGAAAAGCCCUUCAAGUGCGAGGUGUGCGGCAAGUGCUUCCGGCAGCGGGUCUCCUUCCUGGUCCACACCCGCAUCCACACGGGGGUUAUGCCGUACAAGUGCGAUCUCUGCCAGAAGACGUUCAGAUACAAGGUGAGCCAACGCACGCAUCGCUGUCCCACCGAGGACGCCCAGACGCCGGAGCAGUUGAUCAAGGCCUUCCUGGAGGGCAGCGACUCGCCCACCCAGCCCUCGCCGGCCAGCGCUGAAAUAGCUGCCAUCAACAGCGGUUCGAUGGCCGAUCCGGAGCAGGAGGCCCUACUCUCGCAGUCCAUCGACGACAUUGUGGUGGAGCAGUGCCAGAAGCUGGGCAUUUGCGGCGUGGGCCCCCAGCAGUCGGGUCAACUCCUAUCCCUGCAGCCGGUUGCCGUGGUGCACUUCACCGGCAACGGCUCCCCAGUGCAGCAGCUCCAGAAUUUGAGACUCUACUCGCCACAGCAGACAGAGCUACCCAGUUCCGACGGCGAGGUCUUCCAGCGAUUUCUGAUGGACGCGACGUAGCUGGAACAGGGAUAUAAAUUUACUUAUUUAUCGUUUAUUAUACGGGCCUCAUACGGAUUUACCAAAUAACACUUACGAUUCGCAAAUAUUUUAUGCAAAAUAUUGGUCUGCUUCCAAAAACUGUUUAUAGUAAUAAAAAAUAAUCUUUUUUUUUCCCUGUUUUCAAUAUCUUGUGCUUUCAAGUAUAAAAGUGCAAUAUCAUUGAAAUCAAUAAAUGGUCAUUUAGUCAUAAAAUUUAUAAAAAUUGUAAUUGCUCUUUGUUUUAUGGAAUUUUGUCGACUAAAGAGUAUUAUUUGGUUACCGUAUAGAGCCCGAUAUUGUGCGCCCAAGUAUAAUUCGCAACAGACCCGACUUGGUUGGAAUGCACUUAAUUAUUUGUAAAGUUUUUUAUUUUGAAAUUUCUUUUUACUCUACACCUGAACCGAAGUUGACUGGAGACGUGACCCAGCUGGAAUUGGUCAUUGCUUCCGCAAAACAAAUAUGCAGUUAAUAUCUUACUUUUAAUUUCAAAUCAAUUAACAUGUCAAUGUC